AUGACCUUUUUGAACAAGAUUAUCGACAAGGCAAAAUCGCACCAGCAUAGCAACCAUUCCAGUGUCUCAUCUACUGCUUCCACCCAACAACCAUCUACAACGUCUUCAAAGGAAUUGCAUAAUACCCAGCCCAACCACCAGCUGCCAUCCGACCAUAGCAACAACCAGUUACCUGAAGACCAAAAACCACAACCUGAAAUGACCCCAUCAUCAAGUGAAGCAACGCGUAUGAGCCUGGAUAAUUCUACAGGGACACCAGAGAAGCCUCGCACCGUUCAUACACGUAAUGUUCCAUCCUCAACAUACACCCAUGUCUACAACGAUAAGAACAUUAUCCAGCAACGCCAAAACCGUCCAAAGCUCAAAUUGGCUGAUUUCCAUGUCUUGCGUACUCUCGGUACUGGUUCUUUUGGUCGCGUUCAUCUUGUUCAAUCGCGUGUGAAUGCUCGUUAUUAUGCCAUCAAGGUACUUAAGAAAUCUGAAGUCGUAAGACUCAAGCAAGUGGCACAUUCAAACAAUGAAAAGCACAUUUUGGAAUCCGUGGCACAUCCUUUUCUCGUCAACAUGUGGGGUACAUUUCAAGAUGAUGUCAAUCUGUACAUGGUAAUGGAUUACGUUCCCGGUGGUGAAUUAUUUUCAAUCCUUCGUCGUUCUCAGCGUUUCCCUGAUCACGUUGCCAAAUUUUAUGCAGCUGAGGUGGUUUUGGCAAUCGAAUAUUUGCACUCCAAAGACGUCAUUUAUCGGGAUCUCAAGCCUGAAAACUUGUUGUUGGAUGCUAGUGGCCACAUUCGUAUCACUGACUUUGGCUUUGCUAAACAUGUCCCUGAUAUUACUUGGACUCUUUGUGGUACUCCAGAUUACUUGGCACCAGAGAUUAUCCAAUCCAAAGGUUAUGGUAAAGCCGCGGACUGGUGGAGCUUGGGCAUUCUUAUUUUUGAAAUGCUCGCAGGAUAUCCUCCUUUCUAUGACGAGGAUCAUGUCAAGCUAUAUGAGAAGAUCUUACACGGCAGGAUCCGAUGGCCACAAUAUUUUGAUCCGGAUGCACGGGAUUUGUUGAAGCGACUACUCACAUCGGAUUUAUCAAAGCGAUAUGGUAAUCUGAAGGGCGGUGCUGACGAUGUCAAAGGACACCGGUGGUUCCAUAGUGUGGAUUUCAAUAAGGUAGUUGCACGCCAAAUGAGGGCACCUUAUAUACCGCAAAUCCGUGGUGAUGGUGAUGCUAGCCAUUUUGAUCGUUACCCAGAAACCCAGGAACAAUACGGCGUUACCAACACAUCAGAUCCCUACGGCCACCUGUUCCCCGAUUUCUAA